AUGUAAAUAAAGCGAAGUUUAAUUGAAUAAAAUAGAUUGGAAUAAUUUUUGGAUGGAAACACUUAGAGUAGGAUACUCUAUCAUUUGUAAGGAAAGACGAUCAAAAAAAUAAUUUCUAACCCUACUAAAAUGUAGGAUACUCUUUUCAAAAAUUAAUUUAAAGUACAAAAAAUAAUGAUACUACAUCUAAAUUUCAUUUUCUUAAAAAUUAAUAAGUAUGUGGAGAUUUACUGGGUUUUAAAAAAAGAGAUUUAACUCUAAAGGAUUAAGCUGUCUUUCUUAAAUAGAGGCUUAGAAGUUAUAAAAUCCAUCUUUAAACUGAUUAAGGUUUCAUUAAAUAGUUUAGAGAAUAGAAAAAAUAGUAUGUUCCAAAAACUAAAUUAAGCAGAUCUUUUUAACUCCUAGAAAAGAACAUUUCUAGUUCAGUUAUUAAUAAUUGAUUUUAGUAGACUUCAGGUCCAGGAGUAUGAGUCUAUUAUAACUUAAAUAAUUCAAUAUAUACAUCUCUAUAGGUCAAUCAAUUGA